GCCUCGGCCGAGAGGGAGAGAGAGAGAGGUCUGGCGCUUGCUUCAGCAGGACUUCUGCAAGACGAUCUGACAAUGUGCCUUGAAGUGGGCUUGUGCAUCAACCUGCGCAUCUGAGAGGGCAUUUAGAUUCUACGGAAGGAACACUCUCUCUUGGAAACGCUGCAGCACGAGGGACGGAAACUUCUAUGCAUGCUCUUCCGCCGCUGCUUCAGAUCAUCGAAGGGCAUGCACACCGUCGUCUUCCCUCCAUCAACUGCGAAAUAAGCCCAUGGUCCUCAGAAAGUCGUCAUGAUCUUGCAGGUCCAUCUUCCUUCUUUUCUGUAACAAGUCGCCAAUUUCCGCUCUGAUGGUGGCAGGCAGUCACACGCUCGUCAGAGACGAGCGUCGUCGUUUCGUAUACGGUUCAGACAAUUGCGACGCCGGAUUCUAACCAUGAGCAACCAGUCUGAAGAUUUGCAUCAGUAGUGUACGACCCGGAUGUGCUGGAGUCUCCCCGCGACAGUUGCACGUGCCAACCCGGACGUAUGGCGGUAUACUAAAUGAAUGGCAUGCUUGGCAUACUCUCCGUCUGGGCUGUGGAGUCUGGCUGAGCAGCAUCGUCCGCAGGAAUGUCUGGGGUUCAGGGUAUAGGAGCCUUGAGCUUCGAUGACGAAGAUGCAGCAGAAACCGGCGCGCCGAUUUUGAAUGCUGUGAACUGAUCUCCUGUCAUUUCUGUACGAGCUGCCUCGAGGAGCUGCGAUGGAACACCAGUCUGCUUUACCGGGAUCGCCUGACCUUGUGGAAAAGGCUUCCGAAACGUAUUCAGAAAAUAUUAUUUUGUACGUCUCUGUUUCCGCCAGUCUCCCCGUGAUCUAUGGACGGUUCGAAUAGGAUCGGUAAUCUUUCAACAAUUGAGUGCUGGAUCGAAGUGGCUUGCCAACUUGCUGGCCGCCAUCGAGACAUCGAGAUGUGCUUACCUGCUGCUGGAAUAUUGUACGUUGUCAAACAAGGAGACUCUCCCUACAGGUAUGUGAACGCCAGACUGACUGUGGAUGAUCACUAAAACCUCUAUCGAAUUUGACGUGGUGCACUCUACGUUGGGAUAUCGAGUUUUCAAGAUGCCCGUCACCAUUGAGUAUUUAUAGAUCAUACCAGUUGACAGAUAUUCAAAUCGGUGGAAGUUGAAAUCAUUACGUGCCUAAUUACUCUUAAGUGAUUCCUAGCAUCUCUAUCCUGCUAUUAUUUUUAUUUUCAUGGCGAAAAUCCUACGUGCGAGAACGACCUUAGCUUCAUCAAUUUGGCCUUCUACCCCACCAUGUGCAUUCAUAUGCUUUCUGUUGUGUAGAAGAAUGUGGUGCAUCACAUCGAAGUUUAGAUUGGUCUGUUGCAUGCCUCAUAACUCAAUUUGUUUAAUGCAGUUAAACCUACCCUACUUCGAAACAAAAUGGUUCCUAUCGAGUAAGAAUCUACACGAACAUCGCUUUUACCCUGGUUACCGUUAGCGGAACAGAUAGUACGUCAUAAUUGUGGUAAAUUGCUGAAACCGAGUCAAUUUCUCCAAUAUUGGCAUGAUAUCCAUAGUCGGGAAAUUGGUGUCAGGAAUCCUUUGCAGCCUUUUACUCAUGUUGCCCUACUUUGACGACAUACGAGAAUGCUGAAAUCAGUCCCAGCCAUAAGAAUAUUGAUACCUAGAUGAGUUUGUACAACACAUUUAUCAAUAUCCGGGAAUUACUUGAUUUGUAGUAGAAAUACAAACGAUCGCAAUCCAGCAGUAAAAGCGCAGAUCAAGAAAGGGCAGCUCCAUUACCCAGAGUCGCAGAUCUCUACAAUUUCUCACAUUGCCCUUACUUGAUACAUACAAUCUUGCAAUACAGAUGGAACAAGAUUCCAAGAUGGAGUUUUGUUUGUGUGUGGAGUCUUGCCCUAAUGUCUGUAGCGCCACGCAGUUGGCUGGAAAUCUGCUAGGAUCUAGGACCUUCAAGACGCAACGGCAGAGGCGGCUGGAUCAGUAUUGGGGAGUAGAUGUGGCUCAAAUGCGGAACAUACGGCAAAUAUACUUGGCAAAUUUGUCGGAAAGCGAAACAUAACUUCAAGAGCCUGUCAACACUUGCACGAGGCAAAACCUGUUUAGAUGAGGAGAAAAAAAGGAUUGUGGAGAGAUUGACCUUCGUAUAUUUUGACGGUGAUUCACGACAGGUUAAAAUGAAAACGAUCUCCCGGAAUGGAAAAGAGAACGUCAUUCAGGACGGCAGGCCUGAAAUGUCUAAUCCUUUGGAUGAGCUACUAAAGUCCCUCGGAUCAAGCUCGCCGGAAGGUCAGAUUAGUCACAACAGUUCACAGGAGCAGUUGGCAUGUCCAAGUUUUGAAGCAAGAUAUGUUUGUUCAAAUUACAGACAAGUUUUGCCAAGCACCGCAGAUAUAUUAAGGUACUUCAAAGAUCUGCCAUCAAAACCUUCUCGAGUUGAGGUUGUUGAUGAAUUCAAAAGGCCUGAUCCCUCAAUCUCAUUGAGCCAGUUAUAUUUUCCAUCGAAGAAGCAUGUAGAUUCGUCCAGUGUCCAGAAAAUCCAGGAGCAGAGCGGCGACGAGUCUCAGCCCGUUGGACCUACCAAGAUCAAUCGCGGAAAAAUGUUGCCAAAUACUGAUCUCUCUCGCCUUGAUAGCACCAGCUUAUUGAAAAACCUAGAUGCAGCACUGGCAGAUAUAUCGCGCUCAGCCAAUCCCAUGGCUGUGCCAUCAAAGAAAGAUCGCCAGUGUUUGGAAAUGGAUUCCGCGAAGAGAAGCAAAUCGCUACUGUUUAAACUUCCAACACGCGAAAAGCCAUCAAGGAAUCAAAAGAGUAGUGGAAGAGCAGUAAAGACAGACACAGCAGAAGACCUCUCCUCUUCUAAACACGAUAAGUGUUCUCAUGCUCUUUGCAGUGGAUACUGCAGUGAAGAAUCAAGCAAUCUCAGUUCGGCUUCUGAUGAUCGUGCAGAGAACCCUAGCAUGUUCAUCACUCUAAUGCGAAAAAAGCAGGAAAAUGUUAGCAAUGUUUUGGGAAAGCAGUCAGGAGAGAUCUCUGGUUUACAUCUUGGGGACAGCAAAAGUCUUCUUUCUGCUGCGCAUUUUUCUGCUCGGUCGAGUGAACAGCCUUCUCGAGUUGAAGCUUGUGAAACAAAGCCGAAGGAUCUGUUUGGCCAUUUGGAGAUUGCUGGUUUGGAAGACUCUUGCAAUCCACUCCAAUCUAUCCAGUCAGGUCAGAAUCCACUGUUGAGCUGCGAAAAGCUAGGACAAUGGAUGGACAGUUUAGCAGGUUCAUCGACUGCAUCGUAUAGAGCAAAACCCGGAGACCUAGAAGCUUCACCAUGUAGGCAAAGGGCGUCUAGUAAGAGUAAGACAGAGAUUUGGUGGCAGAGUACAGAUCAGAUUCCUAAUUAUUUGUCAACCAGGUCGCUGGGACCAGCUUUACCUGACUACGGCAGUAUAUGGACGCAGGUUGAUGAUUACUCUGAUUCUCACGAGCAGUCGCCAUGCGUCAUAUCUAGUUCAGAGAAAAGUGAUUUCUCUUGCAGUCCAGAGAUUUCUCUGUCUUCCUCUACUAGAAUCUCUUCAUUUGAUUACUCUUGCAGUUCACUUGAUCCUCUGGCUUCUUCCACAAGGCUUGCGAUGUUGAAAGAUCCUUGUGCCUCAACUCAAACUUUGGAUUCCACCGGAAUUAGAACCUGAAGCACAUUUCUUGCACAGGCUGCGAGUACAGAUAUUGUAGAAAAAUCGGAAUUAUGUGCCGGAUUCUUGACCAAGUUUCCAUCUAUGUGCCAUUGGCUCCUGACUUUUGCAAAGUCGAGCUCAGAGAGAACAAUAGAUAUUAUGGAGUGAGAAAAAUGGACGAAAUUGGAGAGACACGUAUUGUUCUAUUCCACUUUCUCGGCCAUAUUAGUAUCAUUUGUAUUCUUUCUAC